UAGUUCCCGUUCAAAAAAUAAGGUUAAAUUGUAUGCCCAAUGUAACUUUCGAUAUUUUGUACGUUAAAUUACCAAAGGCUUGGCAGCAAAAAUUAAAAUUUGUAGAAAUAAAAAAUCAGUAAAGUGAUUUUAUUCCAUUUAAAUUGCGUUCAAAUUAAAAAAGAACUUAUUACUUUGUGUAUAUACCGUAUUCGUAAAUACAUUAAUAAAAAGGAGUUCGUUACGAGUAUGUGCAACUGUCCUGCCUAUUUCCUCCACAAAGCAGUAAUGCAUUACGGUUUGAAGGAUGAGGCAGCUGUCGUACAAUCAAACUCAGACUUAGAACUCAUGUGUCAAGGUAUGAAAUAAAUAUGGAGACAAUGGAAGACGACAUUGACAUUGAAGAGCACGAUCUGCUGGACAACCCGAGGAUCAGAGACAUCUUCCCGGACCUGGGAAUUGUUAAAGAGGAACCCCAAGAAUUAUACAGCGACCAAGAUUCGUACGCAGACCACGAGCACUUCGGCAAUGCGCUGUUGUACGAAGAGUCGGAGCACGCGGACGAUGUGGCCCCGACGUACGACCUCAACGCGGACGCGCUGCCCUACGGCUCGCAGUCGCCGGAGAGCGCGCAGAACUACUCGCAAGCGUACGCCACCCAGAGCCACGUCAUCAUACUGGGUACCAAGCCGUCGUCGGAGUCGCUGCCUAAGGAGAGGCUCCCGGUCAGCGUACCGCUGGUCGACUGGGCGGAGGUCCUGAGCAGGAGCCCGUGCUUCUGCAGCGACUGCGGGACGCUCUUCCCGACAGAAAACGCCCUGGACGCCCACAAAAUGUCCUCGCAUUCGUUCCUGGUCGCCAUAAACAAUAACGUCGCCAAGAAGAGCACGUCCGCUCUGUCCGAGAAGGGCCGCGGCGAGCUGUGCGACGUCAGGACGAACAAGUGCAACCACUGCGACACGUACUUCGCCGACGGCACCGCGCUCAUCAAGCACCUCUACGAGCUGCUGCCGUCCAAGAACGCGGCCGUCGGUCCCCCCGUCGGGGACCCGCGGGCCCCCGCAGAGAAACCUCUCUGGACCGGACCCCGCAAAUGCUUUAAAUGCGAUUUGUGCAACGAAAUAUUGCAAAGUAAAGUUCAGGCUAAAAGACACAGGGACUCGAAACACCCGAAUAUGCAGAGACGUAAAAUAUUUCAAAUAAUAUACAGGAAGCAUAGUAACCACGUGGGCAAGGCGGAGCGGUCUCCGGCCAAAGCCCCCGAGGAGUCGGCCGGGGACAAGCGGUCUCCGCAGACUCAGGUAUUCAAGUACAAGUGCACCAGCUGCCACAUGUGGCUGGACAGCUCGUACCUGGCCCGGACGCACCGCGCCUACCGACACCCCGAGAAAUACGGUCAAUUCUUGUUCAAAAAGUAUGUUUGCAAAAAUAAAACCAACCCGAAAACGAGUAAAUCAGUGAUAAACAAUAAAGUGAGUGCCGCGAAGUCGAAAGCGAUUGUGGCCGCCACCAAAGUCGUCGCACCGGCCGCAACUAAAGUCGCCAACAGCGGCGAGUUCCUCUACCGCUUCAGCCGCGGGGUCCCCAUCCGGAACCCGCCCAUACAGCACGCGCUGCUGUACCGCUGCCUGCAGUGCGCCGUGCACUUCGUGGUGGGCUACUCCAUCAUUAACCACUUGAAGCAGUGCCGCCGGACCACGCCGCACGAGACCUGUGCCACCUGCCGCCGCAAGGUGUACCGCAAGGACGUGGAGAUGCACCGCCACCAGCACGCCUUCGCCGACAAGUUCAAGAUAUACACGAACAUCGACUGGAACUUCUACAAGAAAAUUAUGUGCCUGUGCCCCAAGUGCAACAUCUACUUCAGCGAGUACCGCUUCUGGACUCAUUACACGGAGCACCCCGCCGAGGUGGAGUCCCGGACCUGCGAGGAGUGCCACAUCGAGAUCAACAAGUCCUGCUACUCGUUCCACAAGAACUACCACCGGCUGUACAACUUGAAGCGCAAGGACAUAGUCCUGGUCGAGUUCAGGAAAUACGAGGACAUCGGGACCAAGCGCAAGUCUAGCUACCUCGCGCUGGCGAACAAAAAGAUCAAACUGGAGUCCAGUUCAGAGAGAGACGAAACCAGUCUAAGGCUGUUCUACUGCAGCACCUGUCGCUGCUGCAGCCACCGCCUCAUGAACAACGACAUCCACUUCAGUAGGAGCUGUCGCAACCGGCCGCGCCACCGCUGUGACAUCUGCGGCCUGUGCUUCCUCAACAAGGGUCUCAGGACCCACAAGAGGUGGCACAGCCAAUACAAGCUUUCGCUGAACAACAUCAAGUUCCAAUCGCACAACGGCGACCCCGUGGUCCCGGAGCCGCCACGCUUUGAGCAGUGCGGCAAGUGCGGCCUGCACCACCUGCGCACGGGCCACAGCUGCAAGGAGCGCGGCCACUUCUGCCGCGACUGCCGGGCCAGGUUCACGGCCGGCGCGUACAAGCUGCAUCGUCCGUUCCACGAGCUGAAGACCAAACACGACAGCAAGGAGUUGCACAAGAUGUGGAACAUGGUCUACCACUGCGAGGUCUGCGAAUUCGGCUUCGACUCCUACGACCAUGCCGUGGCCCACAGUCAGCAGCACCUGCUGUGCGAGGAUACGGAGCAGCUGUGCGAGCGCUGCGAGGUGUGCGACCUCAAGCUGCACCUGGACUGCAUGGACCGGCACCGGGGGCUGCACGAGAACCGCACCCUCAACAAGAGCGACUUCCUCAUCCUGAACUUUGAUUACAAGAACUUGCUGCACGACAAGUGGCUGCAGCUGUUCGGGCGAUUGCCGCAGGCCGCGGUCCGCGAGGUGGUGCGCCGCUCGCUGCACGGGAGCCACCGCGGCGUCAAGCUGCGGCUGAAGGAGGACGGGCCCGCGGAGUACACGAUUUACUUCUGCAACGGCUGCGAGAUCUGCAUCGACGACGCCAACGUGUCCCGCCACGCGCACAAGAGCUGCAGGAAGAAUGAGAGGAAGUACCACUGCAGCAGGUGCGCCCUGCACUUCGACAACAGCGAGAACUACGCGAGGCACGAGCGGGACCACGGGGCCACGGACCGCUUCAGGAUCGUCGAGUUCAAAUACGAGACGGACACGCGGGAGCACGGGGAAGAAGUUCCCGAAAGAGACAAGCUGACCUUUUACAGCUGCGGCAACUGCAAGGUGGCCAUGAGGUUCCAGUGGAGCACCUCGAAGCACCGCUGCAACGAUGAGGAGGUCGUGGCCUGCGACCAGUGCGGGCUCCACUACUACGCGCGGAGAGCGCCCCGGCACGAGCUGCUGCACAGGAAGUUCCCGGACUUGUCCAGGGACCGCGUGGUGCAGCGGCCCUUCUCCAACGCCGAGAAGAAGCUGGUCUCCGUGACAGUGCACAAGUGCCCGUGCGGCCUGCACCUGCCGUCGCCCGCCGCCGCCGAGCAGCAUGUGCGGGACUGCGCGCUGGAGCGGGGCCCGGCCGCGACCUGCGACACGUGCGGGCUGCUGUUCCCGGCCGCCGCGCUGCCCCAGCACCGUCGCGCGCACCACACUGCGCCCGCCAGGAUCCAGGUCGAGAACGUGCCCGUGCUGGUGCUGUACGAGUGCGAGGUCUGCCGCCUGCUGCUGCACAGCCGCCGCGAGCUAGCGCAGCACGAGUGCGGCGCCGGCGCCCAGGCCUGUGCGCGCUGCGGGCUGCGGCUCCACCCCUCCGCCGUCGAGACGCACGCCGCCAAACAUGAGACCAACGAGUACGGCUUUUUUUUCAACAACAUCGUCAAGUUGCCUUUGGCUAGAAGCACUAGCGAGAAGAAGGAGGGGAGGUCCUCGGCCGCGAGCGACGCGGGCCCAGUCGGCUCCAGCGUGCCGGGCGCCUCCCCCUCGCCGGUCCCUCCCGCCCCCUCCCCGGCACCCCCCACCGACGGGCCCCGGCCCGGCCCGGACGGCGAGUACAAAUUCAAGCUGUACAAGUGCCGGGAGUGCGACGUGCACUUCACGGACGAGGGCUCGUGCCGGAGCCACGUGGCGCGGCACGAGCGGCUGGGCGAGGCGGAGUACAUCGGCUGCAAGCUGUGCGGCCUGCAGUUCCUGGUGGCGCAGCUGCACGGCCACGUCCGGAGCCACCACGGCACCCCCGUCCGCCUCCAAGAGAUGCUGGUGGAGGAGCACUGCGCCGCCGACCGACUGCAGUCCAGAACGGUCAGCUCCACGAGGAUCGAGAAGACGGUCGAUUAAUUUUGCGGGAUGCAGCAGAACAGAUUCGUUUGUGAAGAGCGUCAUGAGUCCGGUAUAUGUAUCUCGUUUUGUUGCAACAUCCGGUACGGACGGAUGAUAAUGAAAAUAAAAUGGUGAAGUUUUCGAUUUGCGUGCGCGAUACACGAGCAGACAGUGUCCGCUGAUUAAUACAGUGACGUCAUCGUAUAAAGCCGUGAUUUAAAUUUGCGACGCAGCGUUUAAUUGCACAAUAUCCGGACCCCCCGGCGCUCGGUGGGAGGGGUCCCCUGUGCGCUCCCCCUCCACUGGUGACUGUCGUUCCCGUAAUGUCGAGACAACAAAUUCCGAUUUUGUAUCUAUGUAUAUAAUCUAGUGUUUUUCUGUUUGUCUCGACCUCCCAUAUACAUAUUUGCGCGUAAGAUCUUACACCUAUAUGAAUUGGGGAGCACAAUGCCUCUAUAAUAUUAUACAAUUUACUUAGUUUUGUUUAUAUUGGUGUUAGGACCUCUUGUGAGUCCGAACGGGUAGGUACCACCGCCCCGCCUAUUUCUACCGUGAAGCAGUAAUGCGUUUCGGUUUGAAGGGCGGGGCAGCCGUUGUACUGUUAAAGGUGAGAUCUUAUACCUCAUGUCUCAAGGUCGGUGGCGGCAUUUACGUUGUAGAUAUCUAUGAGCUCUGGUAACCACUUAACAUUAUCAGGUAGGCCGUGAGCUCGUCCACCCAUUUAAGCAAUAAAAAUAAAAAAAAGAUCGGAGAAUUUGAACACAAAUGAAGUCACACGUCGAGUUCCAUUGCGCGGCCGUAUUCAACUAGUCCUGUCUGGCUUAUUGCUACUCGUUUACAGAGAAAUAGAGUGAUCGAUACCUCUUAUUUAUUUUGCACGCACACAGGCGAAAUCUCGAAGUACCCUCGCUUGGUUGAUGAUAACGACAGAAUACUUUAUCGACGGCUAAAAUUUUAAAAUUCGCACGGCAGCGUUAAUGAAUCAAUUUGAAGGGUGAUAGGGCAUUUGGUUUAUGCGACAUUUCGCUUAAUACGCGAUGUUUAUCUAUGUAAUUAAAUGUCCGUUUUAUUUGAUAUCAGCAUCAACAGUUCGAUGUUAUUUUAUUGAACUUCAAUUCAAUAGCUGAAGAAGUUUUCUCGUGUAAAGUUGAAAAAGUAUCGCCUAAACCCAAACAGCCUUUCAACCCUCGAAUUGCAAAUUUAAAAAUUAUCGAUUAGUUUUUAAAAGUCAAACUAAAGGGGAUUGCCCACUCUCCAUAGUGUGCUAGGCCCAAGGUGGACAUUAAAUAUUACUAUAAAAAUGGACUGAUUCAAAUUCUUAAAUGUAUUAGAUAUCUAAAAAAUAUAUUGAAAUUGACGCCACUAUUAUAGAAAAUAUAAUAAAAAUAAAAAACUCGUUUUAAGGUUAAUUUUCUAUAUAAAUACCUCAAGAACUUUUCUUUUUUUAAUGUUUAAGAUGUUCCUAAUGUAUUUUUAUCCAAUUGUAGUUAUUAGGGUAUAAAAAACACACAUACUUCUUUAAAUAUCUAUAUUAUUCUAUAUUUUCUUCAUCUUCAUACACAAUUAGUAAAUCAUCUAAAAAUAGCACAGGAGAGCAUAUACACGGUUUUAAAUCUCGGUCAGGUUAAAACCACAAUUCACACAAUGGUUUUCAGCCGUAGUAUGAAACGUUAUUGAUAAAAGCAAAAUAAAUCGAAGAAAAAUCAAAACACAUCCAUUUUGAACGCAAGCACAAGCAGCAAGCGAAGUGUCAGUCAGUCAGAUUAAAAUCAGUGUUGUCAGUAUAAAGAAAAAUAAUUACAUGAAAUUCAUAUAUCGAUCAUUUUUUUAAAUAACCGAUAUUGGAUUUAUUUCUUAAUCUUUUUUUUACGAGUACACAUUAUAUUUUAUUUUUUAUGUUUUUGUUUUAGUUGUACAUAUUUAAAUAACAAUACAAGUUAAGUUUUUUUUUAUUGCUUAGAUGGGUGGACGAUCUCACAGCCACCCUGGUGUUAAGUGGUUACUGGAGCCCACAAACAUCCACAACGUAAAUGCGCCACCCACCUUGAGAUAUAAGUUCUAAGGUCUCAAGUAUAGUAACAAGUUAAAGUCCAAUGGGUAUGUCUUUGAUGUUAUUUUAUGUGCUGAAAAUCGAUUAAAAUCGAUUGAUUAAUGAUAAUAUUUAAAAUGAUUUAUUUAUAUGGUUUUUUAUAUACUUAAAAUGUUUACUUAAUACGUAAAAGGUUUUUAAGUUGGCAAUAUUUUUCCCGCAAAAAUAAAAUUCUUGUUUUUUUCAAUAGAGUUACUUUUUUUAAACUACUUAUUGUAAACUGUAGUGGCGCUUAUUUGGAAGAAAGUAAAUGCAUAUUUAUUUAUGACAAAAUUAAUGCACUAAGUAUUUUUUCUCUAAUCUAUUGUCCGCUUUGGGCCUGAAAUGGGCCGUCCCCUUUAUUUGGUUCUCGUAUAACUUGAAGUGUUGUUACCUCAGGCCGACAAAUAUAAUGAAAUGAUAUAUUUCUUACUGCAUUACCAUUCUCUCAUUACAUUGCUGUCUUUCUUAGUUAAAUAUCUGAAAAACUAACUAACUUAUCUUCGAGUCUAGGAGUGAGGUCACACCCUAAACACUGUUGAUAGGAGGAAACGUGUGGCGAAAUCUAUGUUAAAGGCAUGGAGGGUAGAUGUAAGGACCGCCAUCUUGUAUAGGGGACAAGUUUUAUGGGUGAUAGGCCCUCUUGUGAGUCCGCACUGCUAGGUACCACCGCCCUAACUAUUUCUGCCAUAAAGCAGUCAUGCGUUUCGGCUUGAAGGGUGGUGCAGCCGUUGUAACUAUACUGAAAUCUUAGAACUUAUAUCUCAAGGUGGGUGGCGCAUUUACGUUAUAGAUGUCUAUUGGCCCCAGUAACCACUUAACAUCAGGUGGGCUGUGAGCUCGUUGAUAAAGUUACAAACUGUAAACAGCGAGUUAUUGUUGGAAGACUCACCGAAAUAGCGCUAGUUUAGGAAGUGGAAAUGAUAUGAAUAUAGCAGUUUUGAACAGGGUGAAGUGUGGUAGUCUAUGGCGCUAUUUUUUAAAUCCUUCCACUUGCUAUUGUGGCACCACCUUAAUUUGAGGACACUUUUUAAUACAUUUAGACGGUGCUCCUUACUCCCACCUCUCAUAGUUAAAGGAUGUCGAAAUUUCAAUACUACCCGCAAAUUCCUUCAAUACGGUCAAAAAACAUAAAAAUGGAGCUCCUAUCGAGAACACUAUAUAAAUUCGAAUCUAGAUUUCACGUUAAACUUUUCAUCUGCGUAAUUCAAUGUUUACAAGAAUCUUUUGUAAAUCUUAGGGCGCUGUGAGAUAUGACUCCUUCGUACCAUCGAGCUUCGUAUUCAAUGUCGCUAUCUUCUGUCAGCAAUAUGAAAUAUAAAUCUUCAAUUGGCCUGAUGGCGCUAACGAAAUUAGAGAAAUAUAGAGUUUAUAGCCUCCACUAACCACUGUACAGUACCAGGCAAUAAAUAUUGCACAUCGAUAUUUAGAAAUUAAUGUGUUUUAAUUAUUCUCUCGAUUCCUGUCGGGAUAUUAGAGCGAAGUUACAAAAUUAUUGUGUCUGCAUCUGUCCUUGAUUGAUAGCCGAUACCACAUCCCUAGAAUUAUCGAGAAUAUUUCACACAUUUCGAGUAUUGUGUUUCCGAUGCCGGACAAUAGAUGGCGUUGUAUUCCUCGAGCGUUCUAGGUGCUACUAGACCCUUCGAUAUUUGUUCGACUGUUCGUCGAUAGAUGGCGUUAUUCUUACCGACGUAAUAGUAUAAACUUACUAAGCUAACUAAAACUAAUUAGUAGAUAGGUACCUAGUUUAAAUGUCUGAUUCGUAAAACAAUUACUAAUAUACACAGAUUACUGGUCAUUAGUUCAUUUAAUGGCUAAAACAAAAACAAGCUCACAUAUUAAUGGCGGAUUAUUGAUGAGUAUUCAACUAAACUAGAGAGAAACGUUCGCGAUGGAUCGAAAAGUAUACCAUUUUUUACACUUGAUAUGUAAUGUUUUCAUUAACAAUGUCCGUUUGAUUAGUCGUUAUUCUAUUUAAGUUAAUAAUCUUGUAUGUAUCCAUUGCAACUGAUGAUGAAUUAUGAAUUAUGUCGGCUUUAAAUGAAUUAGUCACUUCCCGUUCCCGCCAAUAUUCAAACUGUCAACGGUCUUUUUUCUAAACUGAAUGUAUCAUUUAGUAUUUAUAGUUUUAGAUAAUUAAUUUACAGUCUUCUUUAUAUUAAGCUUGAUAUGAUUGCUGUAUAGAUUCAUGUGUUUAUUUUUGAAUUAAAAUACUUUUUUGACAUUA